AUGGAACGUCCCCACCGUCCACCACCGCUCACGAUCCCCCCUCCACCCCGACACCGGGCCCGAGUCCGCCGCUCACGACGCCCGAACCACCGACAAGCCCGCCAGUUCAAGCGCUGGCUCCUCCGUGCGCAAAUCGCCAAUGACGUGGCGCACGUCGCCGCCGCGAGCAUCUUGCUAUGGAUCAUGUCGUGGUUCUUGUACAACGUGCCAUUCCCCUUGACAUAUCGCACAGGGCCCGCCGCAGUCGCCCUCAUCAUCAUGCUCUCCACAGACAUCCUCCUCGACGCCCGCUCAAUAGUCCACGCCCACGACCCCUGGCCCGGCUGGGCCCUCCUCCUGCGCCUCGCCCUCGGCCUCGGCCUCAUCGCCGUCUUCGCCGUCUACAUCGCCCUCGGCGGCGACGUCUUCGCCCCCGACUUCGAGUACUGGGGCAUGUCCGACGCCUACGGCCGCGUCCUCGCCUACAUGUUCCUCUGGGGCCUCGGCCUGUGGAACCUGCUCUUCGUCGUCCUGUGCCGCCACUGGCUCGCCAAGGAGGUGAAACGCUACUCGGGCGACGCGCGGGAGCUCUUCGCCGGCGGGCGCGCGCCCGGUGAGAGCGCGCUGCGGCUGGGCAGCAGCGCCGGCGAGGAGAUGGGCGCCGCGCCACCGUCGCGGCCGCGGGAGGUGGACCUCGAGGCGGCGCGGUUCGUAAGGGAGGAGUCACGGAGGGAGGGGGUGGUGAACGUGCCGCUGCCUGUGCGCAUGGGCACGCGGAGGGUGAAAGACAGCGUGGGCGGGUUGAGCGUCUUUGCGGAUUCAAUCGCGAGCGGGAGCACGAGUCCGCCGCCCGUGGCCGUGACGAGACCUACAUGA